AUGUUUGGACUGCGUCAUGUGUUUUUAUCGCUUGUAUUUCAAACAUGGGUACUUCAACAAUGUUCAAUUAUUCUGUGCCUUAUGAUUGAUAAUCAUUUAAUACUUCCUACGAAUGAUUGUUACACAAGGAUAUCAGUUGGUUCCAAAUUACGUGAUGUGAACAUUAUGUUACGAACAAAUGUCGCAAGUUUAAUGGAAUGUGAAGAAAAUUGUUCAAAAAACAAACAUGGUUGCAAAGCAUUUUCGUUUGGUAUUGGUGUAAAGGGUAAUAGCACAUGUUUGAUUAGCUCACAGAUACCGACAUUACAAAAUUUAGAAGAACAUCCAGAGUACGAUGUUUAUGCGAUAAAACGGCAAGAUUUGCUACGAUGUGAUUCUGACCGUUCCUACAGAGGUCUUAUCCGUGAAAGUGAAAAUUGUUCAACAAAAACAAAUAAAUCAAUUAGAAAAGGAUCAACGACGUAUAUCAACAAAUAUCCCUUCUCAAAAUUUGGAAUAGAAUCAAUGCCGUUAUUGGUAUCACAAAAUGCACUGGCAUUUUCAAGAAACAAACAUGAUGUGACAAAUUAUGGACGCCGUGGUAUUUAUGAUUUAUUUAUCAACCAUGAUAGACAUUUCCAUUCCCAUGACACGAACCAUAGAUUCUUGGAUAUAAUUGGAAGCAAAAAUGAAAGAAUAUUAAACAACCCUUUUGUUAUAAUCUGUCAUCGAAAAUUGCAACCUGGUAAGAAAAUGAUGGGAUUGUUCAUUGAACGCAUCGUAAAUUGUGAAAACCUGCAGGAUUGUUGUCGGGCAUGUGAUCACGAAAGGACUUUCGUCUGUAAAGGUUUUAAUCAUAGACACAGAACUGAUGACUCGAAAUGUACGUGUGAACUGACGUCAACACCAUACUUACGUAUGGAUAACACCGAAAAUUUCUUAGUCGAUAGUCGUUACGAUUACUAUGGAAAGAUUGAAAAUUGUCCCUCGUCGAUAUGGCAUAAUGACGGUAUAUUACAUUGGAAAGACCGUAUUAAAAGCUAUAGACAAAGUGGUCAAAAUACAUGGUUUGACCUCGAAAGUACGAAUAAAGAUUUUCUACGCGAAUCAUCAACAGAUCAUUCGAUCUAUAAAGAGAGUCAUUCACCAAAUCGUAAAUCAGAUUAUGAUUCUUCCAGUAUCUCUGUACAAACUGAUAAACAAUUUCAUUAUGAAGAAAUUAAUGGUUUUACUUCGCAUUACGAUAAUUCAAAUUGGAAUCGGAACUGGAAAAGUCCAGUGUCUCGUUAUUCCGAUGGUAUUCGUCACAGUACAUUUCCUAUCUCUCAUAUUAAUCAUGACAAAGGAAAUUUGGAUGUAAAAUCUGCAAUUUUCUCCGAUUCACGGCUAGAUGAUCAUUCGGUGAUUCAAGGAUUUAUCAUUCCUAACGAAAAUAAACAGUAUUAUGGAAAAUUUUAUAAUUAUGGUAAUCCAUUCAGUUACAAUGAUAAUUACGUGACCACUUCAAAGGACACGUAUUUCGAAAAACAUGAAACAUUAAAAAUGACACGAAAAUGUUCGGUGAAAGUCGUCUCGGGUUCAAAAUUAAGCAGAAGUGUCUUACGAAAGACUUGCGUGGCACAUGAUUUGGAACAAUGCGAAGAGUUUUGUACUAACGAAACAAGUUUCUCCUGUGAAAGUUUUGCUUAUCGAUACAACGUAUUAACUACAAAUCCUACCGAUAAUUGUUUAUUGAGCGAUCAAUCCUAUCAAGAUAUAAAUUUCUACACGGAUCUUGAACCAAAUCGCGAUUAUGAUAGCUAUGUACUAAUAUCAGAUACCAAGAUCUGUUAUUAUAAAAAAUCAGCAAGUCGAUAUCCGUUAGAAGAAUGUUUUUCAAGAGUCAGGAGUGGAUUUACCAUGCCGAUGGAUAUUACAAGAAAAUCGAUAUUCGUUAAUGAUUUUGGAGAAUGCCAGUUUGCGUGUACUUCAUUGCAAAAGUUUGUUUGUAGGAGUUUCGUUUUCAAAUAUGCAAUGGAUAAUCGCAGAAUGCACGGUCACGAACGCGUAUCGUCAAAUUGUUUUUUAAGCGAUUUACCGCCAGAAGAAAUAAAUCCUAUCAAAAUGCCAGAUAUGGAUGGCGCUGAAUUGUAUGAAAGGAAUACUUUCUCUUUCGGUUGUGAAACAUAUCCUUCGCCAUUUUUAAUUUCGCAUAUGAUUACUCCACAUAAAGAUAAAGAAUCUCUUCUAAAACAAAUGGAUGAAAUUUGUUAUUCCGAAUAUCAUAGACCGUGUAAAUUAAUGUCUCAUGCGGUAGUGUCUUCGAUGAGAACUAUUACAAAAUCGGACUGCCGACGAAAGUGUUCGAUGAUGAGAAACACCGGCAUAAUACCUUGCAUGUCGUUUAAUUACAUCAUUAUUAAUGACAAUACGCGGAAUAACUGUUUUUUAAGCGACAUAUCGAUACGAGAUCUCAGGCCGAAUCUGGACUAUGUUCGUGAUAACGACCACGCGUUAUACACAUGGAAAGAAUUUGAUCCGUACUGUAACUUAAACGGGAAUACCCGUGAGACAAUAAAUACACCGAUGUUUGAAGAACAUAGCCAGUUAGAUCCUUCCAUGUUCAAUUAUCCGAGUACUCCAAGGAAUUUGGAAACUGGUAUCCACGGCUCGGCUUUAGAAAGAUGGAGAGGCAAAUUUAGAUACGAGGAUCAUGGCUAUGAUUUCAAACAUAAGUCAUCCAAUUGGGACGGCAAAUCUCCUCUUGACCCCGAUAGUUUCAAAUAUGGACUUAAUCCAUUUUACCGUAAUCAAAUACCUCCAUUUCGACGUUAUACAGUGAACGGUUAUCCUUGCAAAAACGGCACCGUAUGCCAGCAAAAUGAGAUCACUGGAUUUUGGUCUUGCGAAAUUGAAAAUGAACAUCGUAAUUGGGAUUACUGUUGCGACCCUAGCCAUCAAUGUGGAUUUUCGCGAGGACAUCAUUAUCCUUGGUGUUACGUGGGUUCAAAUGAAGAUCAAUGGAGACCUUGUAGCGAAACAUAUCAUCCGUACUAUUUUCCUGUGGAUCAUUCAAUUUAUCGUCAAUCACCAAUACAUACUGCUCGUCACUGGCCAGUAAUUUAUUUUCAUAAAACUUCGCCUCCAAACUGCUCUGCUUCUACCAAUGAUCCUAAUAUUAAUUAUUCAUGA